AGCUUUGGUGAACGACAGGGAUCAAGAGGCCUCCGCGCAAGAGUGGAGGAAGAAAUCCACCUUUGCUGAUAAAAGACCGUCCAACCAUUGCCUGUCAAAGACAAAAUGGCGAGCCUGGGUAGGGGACUGGAAACUUUGCAGGGGAUUAAAGACACCUUGAGCUUGCUCGGCUCAUUCAUCAGCUUCGUGGAGAGCAGGUGCCAAGGGCCAGAGCAGAUCCAACAGGUCAAACAGCAGUUGCUUGAGACUGCAAGGCAUAUCAGCGCGGUUAUUGAGGGAGCAAAAGACGAUGGCAUAUUCAGGCAAACCAUGAUAGACGAAUGGGAGUCAACAGAGGAAGAACUGAGAAACGCUCGUGAUCUUGUUAGUGGCACGACUAAUCAAGGAAACUGGAGUGCAUGGUGGAACCGUGUCGGGACCACCGUCCGAGGUUUUGAUUCUGCAUACUAUUUUCAGCUGAAGAAAGCCUGUGACUCCCUUAACCAGCUUUUCCGCCACUUGGAGUUAGUGAUUGAAACCUGCAAAGCCUUGAAAGCGAAAGAGCAUAAAUGCGUGCAGUUAUUCCAUCGUGAGGUCAACACUGCAGUUGCUCAGGUGCUGUACAACAGGGAUAUUUUUCACAGAUUGAGGGAACACUUUGGGCAAAGACUAGGUGAGGAUCCCAAUGAGAGGGUGCUUCGUCUGUGUAGCCAAUCGUACCAGGAUGAUAACAUCACGAAGUUCGCUCUGGGGAAGACGAGCGGCGUCUGGAUUCAUCCCACUUUCCACAGACAAGCAGAGCGCUGCAACAACCAGGCAGUUGGGGGGCGACGGCGAGGGACCAUUGACUGGAGGUGCGCAAAUGGUGGAACCGCCACUAUAACAAUCACCUGCUACGGCCGGUUUUAUUUCUACAUCUUUCAUUCAACUGCAGCUGAAGUCGGGACGGCCUAUUCCAGGAAGUUGCAUCUCGUUUAUCCAUCCAAUGGGAACCAGGUUAAUGCGUCGCCCGGUGACGAGAUUCCAGCAGAAGGAAAACAGGUGGCCUCCCGUUGCGUGCCAACGUUUCCGAAGUCGGAAAUUGUAUUUCCUGAUAGAAACCAUGGCAUCCAAUAUACGUUGUCCGCAAACCAUUGUCCAUCAGUGCUGAUGAUCUACGUGGCAUUAACAAGGAGGCGGAUUGAACUUGCACAAGUUGUGACACGUCAACAGUACCACAUCAACAAUGACACGUCAGACACAGUGCCACGUCAGCAGUGCCACGUAAGCAGUGCCACAUCAGCAGUGCCACGUCAGACACAGUGCCACGUCAGACAGUGCCACACCAGACAGUGCCACGUCAGACAGUGCCACGUCAGACAGUGCCACGUCAGCAGUGCCACGUCAGCAGUGCCACGUCAGACAGUGCCACGUCAGCAGUGCCCCGCCACCAUGACGGGCGCAGCUCUGGGCAUGCCAGGCCAACUGGCCAACGAGUCCAUUGCCGACUACAAAAAGCGAUUCCAGGCUCAGCUCGCUGCAAUCGAGGCUGAGGAACAACGCCAGCUGGCAGCCAAGGCUGCCCAGCUACAGGCUGAAGAAGCGGCAACAGCAGAGAAGCUGCGGCUACAGGCCGAAGCAGACGCAGAUACCMAGGCUCSCCGAAAGGAAGCCCAGGAUCUGCUGCUGCGGCACGAAGCCAACAGCAUCGACAGACUCAAGUACUGGCACUUUGAACAGAACGGCGACGAGCCAACACUGGAAGAGCAGCAUAAGGAGUUCUUGGCCAAGCUCGUGGCCAGGCUGGUUUACACAUGUAACCACCUGCAGUCCGAGCUGGCAAACCUUCAGCAGGCUGUGCGGAACCAUAAGACUCAGCAUGAGGAUGCCACAUGGGCACUGGACGCCCGUGUACUGGACCUGGAACAGGCUGUACCAGGACCAGCUGCUGUGGCUUCCAGCAGUGCAUCCUCUAGCCGCCAACUGGAGGAACGCGUUGACCACGUAGUGGCAAUGCUAGGAGACAUAAGUGCCUUCACAGAGCCGGCCACCAUCAGCCAGCGGUUUGAGUUGCUGGACACCAAGAUCAGUCAGCAACAGCAGACCAACCACAGCCACAACAACAGCUCGGCGAGGCCAUACAAGAUGCCGACGUUCCGGAUCGAGAAAUUUGAUGACUACACACAUCAAGACCCGGUCGUCUGGUGGCAAGGAUUUACAACGGAGUUGGGGAUCCACGAGGUCCCUGACCGUCUGUUCAUCAGUGCUCUGUUCAUCAACACCAAGGGAGGAUGUCAGAUCUGGUUCAGCCACAUGGCAACCAUCCACGGCGUCCAGGUUUCAGACCUGCACAAGAAGGUCACCUGGGAGGAUAUGACAAAGGAAUGGAAGAAGCGGUUCAUAGUGGAUGACCCGCGCUCGCCAUCAAUCGUCUUCGCGAUGGCUCAAGGGAGCACACCGACACGUGAGUGGCUCACGGAUUGGCAGAAGAUCGUGGCGACGCCCGAUCUGGACUUGCCAUUUCCGCAUCUACGUCAUGAGUUCUACAACAGGUCAUGCGCCGCUCUCAGCCUCGCACUGGGUGAUCGCGAGCAGUACAGCACUUUCGCAGAGAUCAUCAACAAGGUGAGAGAGAUCAUCAAGACCAACAGGGCGGCCGCACACGAGAAGUCAACGUGGCAGCCAACCUAUGUGGAGAAGGUACGAACUGGUCCGCGACAGCAGCAGUUCGCUGCAGUCCAAUCGGACAGUGGAGAAGACCCAGCAGCCACUCCAGCAUCACGUGAGGGAGAUCAGGUGGCUGCUGUCUAGCCGCGAAGCAACAAGCCCCGAGUGAACGGGAAGGCGAAACCAGCAUCGCAGGCCGGAAACGGACAGCCAGCACCACCAUG